AGAAGUUGGGUUAUGUAGUUAUGUUCUAAACAAGUUCUAAAAUAUCGAAUUCAAAAUAUUUUCUUUUCAAAAAUGUAGUGUAAUAGUAAAGGGAUAAUUCUUCGCAUACUAUAAUAUGCUAUGGAGAACACUGUGAAUCAACAAACAUGCACCAAGCAUCCGCAACCUAAUUCAAUAGGUCGCGUGCACGAAGACCGACCCUGGAGGCAAAAUAUUGAAACACAACCUCAUUCUUCUGUGAAUUAUUGAAACACAACCUCACUCUUCUGUGAAUUAUUGAAACACAACCUCACUUUUUCAUUUGUUCACAGAGGAAUCAAAAGGUUGAAAUAGUUUUUCACAAUAUUUUGGCAUACGAAUCGUGUUUCUUGCGUUAUUCAUCAAUUCAAGCAUGCCUUCGCAUUGUGCUGUUGUACAAUGCACAAAAAAUGCAGCAAGAGACUAGGGAAUAUGAUUUUUCAGGGUCGGUCAUCUGACAGUUCUUGCACGCGACCUAUAAAAGCUAUCAAUCGAAAUACUGUCCAUCGAAUUUGUUCAGGACAGGUAGUUUUAAGUCUAGGAAUAGCUAUUAAAGAACUGGUAGAAAAUUCACUAGAUGCAGGUGCUACCAUAAUAGACAUACUCCUGAAAGAAUAUGGCUCUGAACUUGUGGAAGUUUCAGAUAAUGGGUCAGGCGUUUUGCCAGAUAACUUUGAAGCUCUAACUCUCAAACAUUUUACAUCAAAAAUAAGUAAUUUCAGUGACUUGGAGAAUAUUGGGACAUUGGGGUUUAGAGGUGAAGCACUCAGUUCCUUGUGUGCAUUAUCUAAUCUAGAGAUAACUACAAGACAUCAUUCACAAAAUGUUGCUACAAAAAUCACUUAUGAUUGUAAUGGAAAAGUGAAAAGUCAAGUUUCCUUAGCAAGAGAAUGUGGCACAACAGUGACAUUGGAGAAACUGUUCUCAACAUUACCUGUCAGGCGAAAAGAAUUCAUGAAGCACCUCAAGAGGGAAUUCAGCAAAAUGUGCCAACUUCUUCAUGCCUACUGCUUGGUUUCAAAGGGAAUAAAGUUUAAUUGCACUAACAUAGCCAGUAGUGGGUCCAAAAGUGUAGUGUUAGCUACUAAUGGUAAAAACACAGUUCGUGAAAAUAUUAUCAACAUUUUUGGGGCAAAACAAAUAUCUGCUCUAAUAGAUGUCCAUGAGAUCAUACCUGAUGAUUUGAUUUUGAAUGAAUUUGGAAUCAAGUCCCCAGAAGAAAGUGACCUUCCAUUUUCUUUUGAGUUUCUCAUAUCCAGUGUAACUCAUGGUAGUGGUAGGAGUACAACAGAUAGACAAUUUUACUACAUAAACUCAAGGCCUUGUGAACCUGCAAAAUUGAUGAAACUAGUUAAUGAAGUGUAUAGACAGUUCAAUUCAAAUCAGUAUCCUUUUGUUUACCUCAAUAUUAUGACAAAGUCUUUACAAGUUGAUGUGAAUGUUACUCCUGACAAGAGACAAAUCUAUAUAGAAAAUGAAAAAAUAUUGUUAGGAACAGUUAAAGCAUCAUUGUUAGAGUGUUUCAAAUCAUUUCCUUCAACUUUCAAAUUACAAAAUCUAGAUGUUUCUCAAAACUUUCACUCAGAUAAAGUAUCUGAUAGAGGAAUUAAGAGAAGUCUCACAGACACCUCUAUUGUCAAAAAAGGAAGCAUUUUGGAGACUUUCAAAAAAAGAUCAAAAACAGAGGGUAGUAAAUCUAAAUCCUUUGAUAUCUCAAGUUUUGUUAUUUCACCUAAAAGAAAAUCAUCAGAUACCAAAACAGCAGAUAACAAUUCUGAAAAUGAAGUGAAGAAAUAUAAAUACCAAACCAAAUCACCAGAUAGUGAUGUGGAAAAGGAUGCUGAACAUCAAUUGGAAAUGUUGGUAGAAUUGGCCUGUAAGUUAUCAAAAGAAGACAAUGAGGAAAAUAUCAUUGAUGUUGAAACUGAACAAAAAACUAGUUAUGAUGAUUUUGAAGUAAAAUUGGAUGAAACUGAAGAAAACAAAAUAUAUAAAAAUGAAUCUGUAAUAUUCAAUAUAUCAUUAGAACAAAUUAGAGAGGUAUUGAAUUCUGGUGAUGACACAAAUGACCAUAUCCAAGUUAAAUUUAGGUCUGAAAUUACACCUGAAAGUAAUAAGGUAGCUGAAGAAGAAUUGCAAAAACAAUUUCUUAAAGAGGAUUUCAAAAAAAUGGAUAUAAUAGGGCAGUUCAACUUAGGAUUCAUCAUUGCCAGAUUAAAACAUGAUUUAUUUAUAGUUGAUCAGCAUGCUACUGAUGAAAAAUACAAUUUUGAACAACUUCAACAGAAUACUGUAAUAGAGAGCCAAGUUUUAGUGAACCCAAAACCUCUACAGUUAACUGCUGGGAACGAGAUUUUGUUGAUUGACAAUAUUGAAAUAUUCAAGAAAAACGGGUUUUCUUUCAGCAUAGAUGAAACAGCACCCUAUACAAAAAAAGUAAUGUUGACGGCCAUUCCUGUGAGCAGAAAUUAUGCAUUUGGAAAAGAUGAUAUUGACGAAAUGUUAUUUAUGCUACAGGAUUCGAGCCAGACUAUGUGUAGACCAUCUAGGGUACGAUCAAUGUUUGCUUCCAGAGCUUGUAGAAAAUCGGUGAUGAUUGGUCAAACGCUGACCAAAUCAGACAUGAGACGAUUAGUAGACCACAUGGGAGAAAUUGAACAACCAUGGAAUUGCCCACAUGGCAGACCAACUAUGAGGCACUUAAUAAACUUAGAUCUGCUGAAACCCCAAGACUAACGGUUUAUUCAAUUAUAUUAUAUACAUAUUAUUUUCAUGCCAAAUGGUAGAGCUAGGUUAUAUUCAGAAAUGUCAUGUCAGUACUGAAUAUUUCGAUUUACAAACUGGCUAUUCCAGAGUUGAACUGACAUAAGCCUAGGCCUGAAAUAAAUCUAGCUGGUCCAGUAGAGAUGUCUUUGAAAUCGGCUGAAUUAUUCUAAAGCUAUUGAUAAUAAAUCAAACCCAAAGUCAUCUCCAUUUAUGAACUACACCAUUCCACUUUGAGUUACCAUUGACUUCUUCCAAAGAUUAAAUCAAUUUUUCCCCUAAACUGAUGCUCAAACUCAACACCUUACAAAACAUUUCUAGACCCAUGUUCAUAAGAACUAAGGGUCUUUCAACAAGGACCGGUCGAUGUUGUAAUUGAAUGAAACAAGCUGUGUGUGAGAUAUUAACGAUUUUUUUAUUUUAUUUGAAUGGCCCAUUUAUGCCAUUAUUUAUGGAAUAUGACAUUGUUCAAAUGUCCGCCGCGGCUUCGAAUGGCACGGAUCCGAAAGGUCCAAUUUUCAAUGACUCUGCUGCAUAAAUCCGGCUGAAUCUGAGCAAUGGCUUGCGUCAUGUUCACUCUCAGGGCAUCGGUCGAUUGCGGCUUAUUAACAUAGACCUGCGACUUCAGAAAACCCCACAAGAAAAAGUCUAGUGGAGUCAAAUCGCACGAUCUUGGCGGCCAAUUCACAUCACCUCUGCGAGAGAUAACCCUACCCUCAAACCGUUCGUGCAGAAUGUCCAUUGUAUCGUUCGCUGUGUGGCACGUUGCGCCGUCUUGUUGGAACCACAUGUCGUCCACGUUCAUAUCGUUCAAUUCAGGCCAAAAGAAAUUGUUAAUCAUUGAUCUGUAGCGCUCGCCAUUGACGGUGAUGGCCUCGCCAAUGUCAUUUUCAAAGAAGUACGGACCAAUGACGCCGCCGGACCAAAAUCCACACCAAACAGUAACUCUUUGUGGAUGCAUUGCCACCUGGUGAACCUCCUGUGGGUUGUGUUCAUCCCAUAUACGGCAAUUUUGCUUUUUAACAAAACCAUCCAAAAAUGGGCCUCGUCGCUAAAGAUUAUUUUCGGCCAAAAUCGGGGUCGUCUUCCAAACGUUCCGAAGCCCACUGAGCGAACAAACGGCGUUGCCUAUGGUCUUUAACUUUGAGCUGCUGGGUCAGUUGGAUCUUGUACGGGUGCAGGCCCAAGUCCCGGCGCAAAAUUCUCCAAGUUGAAGUCUGCGAAAGGCUUAGUUCUUGUGCAUGGCAAGAAAUCGACUGCCUCGGAGUCUUCUGCACACUCUGACGGACAGCGUCGAUAUUAUCGGCCGAUCUGGCGUUCCUUUGACGUAAGGGUGUUGGUUGUGUGUUUACCGAACCGGUUGUCUCAAAUUUGGCUACCAAACUUUAGAGAGUCGACUUUGAAGGGCAACGGCGUCUGCCUCAUUUUGAUAAUAAAGUUCAAUCAUUUGGACAUGCUGCUCGAUCGUGUAACUUGCCAUGGUAAUUUAACAUCAGUGACUGAAUAGAAUAAUACAGAUUUGACAGAUGCCCCCACAAAAACAUGGCCGCCACACACUGUCAACAUCGACCGGUCCUUGUUGAAAGACCCUUUAUUUUACAUAUUUUGCUGAAUGGUAUCUUCCCUAGGCUUUUGCAACUUCAACUCUGAUAUACCCUGUAUAUACAUGGUGUUGCGAAAUUCGCCAGACAACGCUUCACAGAUGGUCAGAUGGUAGCCCCCUUGAUUUUAUUAGGUCUAUGGUUUUCCGUUUUUGAGAUACAGGGAAAGUUGAGAAAUUGAAAUUGUCCUUUUCAGUGUUUUUUUUGUCUAAACACUCCACCCUGCUUGUAUUCUCGUCUGACCGAUGUCUCCGACAAUAGUUAGGCCAAGGGCCACAGUGACUUAAAAACAGUUGCAUUUUUUGCAUUGCAAUUCGGUGCAUCUUCAGAUAGAUCAGUGUCAGCUAUGAGUCUCGAGAUAGAUUCCCCGGUAGAGACUUUUUGAUUAAUAAUGAGAUGAUUUCCAAAGUUCUGUUUCCGCACGUUGCGUUCCGAUUGGCUCACAAUUGGCAGUGCUGCCCCUAAGAACACACAUGGGCUGAGGGACAUCUCCUAAGGUCGAUGGCCAGUUGAAUUAUACACACAGAAGAACAAGGUAUAAUAAUUGUAGGUAUUUAUCAGUCAAUGUUUGGCCAGAAAGUUAUUUCGGAACCUGUGCAGCUACUGGUGAUUAUGGUAAAUUUUUCUUGCAAAUUCCCUAGCCACUGAUAAAAUAUUAAUUAGUUUCAAUGAACCGAAUUUGCUGUUCAUUUUUCUUGAAAUAUUCGACCUAAAUAGAAGAUUGCAUAGGCAUUUCUCAUAACUUUCAAUAUUAGAUUUUUUGGUGAGUGGGUUAGAUGCUUUUUAGUUUUAAUCAUAUAGCUGAACAAAAAUAGUUAUUUCAUAGAGAAAGCAAAAAUAUUUAUAAUGGGUCAAAUAUUUUGAAAACUGUUAAUUUUAGCUUUGCCGAAGAUUUUGCAUAUUUUCAACAAAAAACUGGAAAUUCGAAUGGCAUGGCAUAAAAACUCCCUGUAACCUGUCACUGGAUGAAAUAACCAAAGUUACCUAAAUGAGGAUUUUGAAAUAUGAAUCUUAAACCAAAAUCGAUUGAGAAAAUUCAGCCGUUUUUGAGUCAUUCCUAAACAUCGAUUCUAAUUUUUCAGCUUCAACAACUUGUAUUUCUAAAACUAUCCACUUGAGGGCCUUGGGUUUCUAUCCUUUUUUUCAUCACCUGUAAAGAGUUGUUGGUUGAAUUUCGCAAUAACCUUUAUAGUAUAAAGUUAGCAAAAAAGAAAUAUUUUUGUAGUAUUUUGGUGAUACUUCCACAUUUUGAUUGACUAGAUUGACUGAUGAAAAGGAAAAACUUUAUAAUCUGGAUUCUUGGACUUUCCCCAAAUUUUUAUAAGUAAGUACUGUCAGUACAAAUAUUUCAGUUCUAGACAAACCACUUUCAAAUAUAGCCUAGCACUUGAUAAAUUGUGACAAAAACUCAAGUGUGAUUUAUUUUUAUUAUUUGUUAUCUUUUUUAUUUUUGUAUUUCCAAUAUUUUUUAAUAUACUGAAUUUACACACUUAUUGUCCUGAAUAUAUUAAAACCACUCUCUGCAGUGCUGAUGAUAACACCUGGUAGUUGAGGAUGCCAAUGCAGCUCCUUGAUAUUAUUUUGGCCUUGAUGAAUGAACAAUAACUGUGGUGGCAGACCCUGAAAAAUUUGCAUUUAGAUAUGAGAUCACAGUAUCUAAUCAAAGUCGCACCUCUACAUCUUCACUUCCUUCUUCUGUAUCUUUCUCUACUGACAAAUCCCACAGGGCUAUCUGGUUAUCAGAGCCAGCUGAAGCAAACACGGCAGAAUCCGUUUGAUGCCACUCCACAGAUACAACUGAUUCUGUAUGAUGCUUGAAAGUAGCCAGGGGUGUUUUGGUUUGGAACUUCCUCAAAUCCCAUACAUGCAAAAAUCCAUCAUCACCUCCGCUCACAAUAAAGGGUUCAUUCUUGUUCCAAUUUAUCACAUUGACAUCAGUUUGAUGAGCAUUUUCUGCAGCAAGCAUACAUGCCUUACUAGGUUGGGCUCUAGUAUCCCAUAUUCUGAUGCUUCUAUCUACUGAACAAGAUGCUAGGACGUUUCUUUCAUUUGGUGACCACUGGAUCUCUUCCACAGAAUCUGUGUGGCCUAGUAAGGGUCUCUGGUCCACUGUCCAACUAGCUGCUUCAGCUGGUCGCCAAAUAUGAAUGUCUCUUUUACAGUCACCUGUAGCUAGAAC